AUGGGAACUUCAGUAUCCCUGGCGUCGUCAUCUAAAGUUUCCACUUCGGAUAGAAACGUGACUCAACCUCUUGAUUUCGACUCUAAAAGUAUAGAGGUGAUUGUUUUGGGAUCUUCUGGGGGACCAGCAGAUAAGCAUAACUCCUCGUAUCUUGUUAAAUCAACUAGCACAAGACUAUCAGACAAAGGCUCAUUGCUUGCAAUUGAUGCAGGAUGCUUGUUAGCCGGCAUCAUGGACAUACUGGAGAAUGACUCAAGUAAGAGCCCUGAUUCUAAGCAGAUAUUCUCACUGAAUGAGCUACCGUAUUCGAAACUAAGUGCUAAUGCCCAUUAUAUAUUAACCGAACUACUUGCUGGUGUAUGCUUGACACACCAACACAUGGAUCACAUUGCUGGAUUAAUAUUGAACAGUGUUUGUUUUAGCCCAGAGUCUCCUAAACUGGUAGCAGCAUUACCAAAUUGCAUUGACAGCCUAGUCCAAAACAUCUUCAAUGGAUCUAUAUGGCCUAACUUGACAAACGAGUCAACAGACACGUAUGGCAAUAGGGUAGCAAUAUCAGAGGGUUAUUCAAUCUAUCUUCAGAGAUUGGUUCCGACCAAGAUUUAUUCAAAUGUUGCGAAGGGCCUGUCAGUCGCUGCAUAUCCCAUUUCUCAUGGCAAGCACCCAGGAUGUAUUGGACCAGAGAAACCACCUCCAGCCUCGGUGUCAAAUAUAUCUAAUUCACCACUGCAAAGCUCGUUACCAACGGGGAACUCCCCUUUAUUGUCACCGUCUUCAUUCAUAUCCACAUCACCCUCAUCUCUUGAAUCCUUUUCAACAACUACAACAACAUAUUCCGAAACCAUGAAUACUGAAUCAAGGACAUUGUCAUAUGAUAGCUCUGUGUACUUCGUACAAAAUGAACAGAACUCAACCGUUAUUCUCAUAUUUGGAGACGUGGAGGCUGAUUCCAUCUCAAUGAAUCCACGUAACAAAGCUGUUUGGGAUGAUGCUGCACUGAUUUUAGAAAAAAGAUUACUGAAAGCGAUUUUUAUCGAGUGUUCUUACUCGAAUUCUCGCCCAGAUAAUAUACUAUAUGGACACCUGAACCCCAAAUACCUGAUUGAGGAGUUGAGCUACCUUGCUUCAUGUACAAGAUCAAAUCCUAGUCUUGAUACACUGAAGAUAAUAAUAACCCAUGUUAAGCUAGAUGUGACUAUUUGUGAAGCACCAUAUGAUGAGAUAUUGAGAGAAUUGACCAUGCUAGCUGAGAGCAACAAACUGAAAUGUACAUUUGAGUUUGCCUAUGCCGGUGCCCAUAUGUAUUUCUAG